AUGAGCCAAUCUCCGGCACCCAACCCGCAAGGCGGCAUCAACAACGGCAAGCCCGCCAACGGCGCUGCUCCUGGGGCUGCUGGCACUCCCAACAGGCCUGCCAACGGCGCUCAGGCUGGAGGUGCCUCGACACCGACAAACAGACCUGCUCAAGCCUCAGGGUCGGACCUCAACCGAAUCGUCAUGGAGUACCUGCACAAAAAGGGCUAUUUCCAAACCGAAUCCAUGUUGCGGUUUGAGUCAUCACGUGCCCCUGCUCCUGCGCAACCUGUGGGCUCUCAAUACACCGGAGGACAGAACGCGACCAAUGUAGCGCCUGGAGCAACCCCUCCUCCUCCUGCACCUCCCGGAGCUCCCCAAGUGGCCAUCGGAACCAACAACGCCGGCCAGAUGCAGCAGGUGCCCAUCCCCAAGCCUCCGGUGGCCAAAUCGAUCCACGACGACACGACAGCCAUUCGAAAGGGCUACGUGAUGCUGCGAAACUGGACGGAGGCGUCAUUGGACUUUUACCAGCCCGAGCUGCGACGUGCGCUGUACCCCAUUUUUGUGCACUGCUACCUUGAUAUUAUUGCAAAAGGCCAGGCCUCUGAAGCUCGAGACUUCUUCGCCACAUACUCGGGUGACCAUGCUGUGUUGCAUGGCCAUGACCUGCAAAAGCUGUCUGGAAUCUCGCUGCCCGACCACAUUCCUUCCAACGAGCUGGCGCAAAAAUUUCGUUCGUCCAAAUACAGACUCAACAUCAGUAGAACCGUGUUCGAUCUACUGUUCUACUUUCUGCAGGAACAUGACUCCACUGGCGGAGCCAUCAUUCUGCGAAUCGUCAACCAGUACAUCGAUGCACAGGUAUCGUCCGGCCGGCCCAACCGAUUCGACUCAGAGGGUGCAGUGCAUUCGUCAGAGGGACUGCCCGAUACCGCACAUGGAUCCCAGGUGGACUCGUUUAAUCAGGCCGAGGUUAAGUUGGGCAAGCUGCCGUACGAAGCAUCAUUUGAAAAGGAGGUGGAGCACUCACUGCGGGAAAUUGAUAAGGGUAAUACCGAUGGUGGAAACUCAUUAGAGGCUGAAUUUGCGUCCAUGAAGUCGGACCAGGACACGGCACCCAACCGUGAAAUGCUGCCUCUACCCCCUCACACGAGCGUGGACAUUGCGGCCGAAAUUCAGGCCGUGAUGGACUCGCGUGCCAAAAUCAAGGUCGGACCUGUGCAAGCCGCCAUGCCCUCUGUGUGUAUGUAUACCUUCCACAACACCCACGAUGGACUCAACUGUCUGGACUUUUCGUCGGACGCUACCCUGAUCGCUGGAGGUUUCUCCGACUCCUUUGUCAAGGUGUGGUCGCUCAACGGCUCUCGUCUCAAGUCUGUCGUCAAGGGAGACACUGCCACCACCUCGAAGCGGCUGGUGGGACACGCUGGGCCAGUCUAUGGAGUCAGCUUCUCGCCCGACCAGAGAUAUCUGCUUUCUGCAUCGGCCGACAAGACGGUCAUGCUGUGGAGCAUGGACACGUACACAGGUCUGGUUUGCUACAAGGGCCACAAUGAGCCAGUGUGGGACGUUGCAUUCAGCCCACACGGCCACUACUUUGCCACAGCCUCUCAUGACCAGACCGCGCGGCUGUGGUCCUGUGACCACAUUUACCCUCUGCGAAUCUUUGCAGGUCAUAUGUCCGACGUGGACUGUGUCAUUUUCCACCCCAACGGCACUUAUGUAUUCACCGGCUCGUCCGACCGAACCGUGCGAAUGUGGGAUGUGGCCAAGGGCUCGUCAGUGCGUGUUUUCAUUGGCCACACAGCCGCUAUCAACUGUCUGGCAGUGUCACCAGAUGGUCGAUGGCUAGCGUCUGCUGGAGAAGAUCACGUGAUCAUUCUGUGGGAGAUUGGAUCUGGUCGACGUCUGAAAAUCAUGCGUGGACAUGGCAAGGCGUCCAUCUACUCACUGGCGUUUUCCAGGGAAGGAACCGUGCUCGUGUCUGCUGGUGCAGACCAGAGCAUCCGAGUGUGGGACGUUAAGAAGAGCACUGUGGAGUCUGGACCUGAGCCUGAGAACCUGUCAGUUGAACGAGCCCCAGAGGCUGUAUCUUCUGCUAAGGGUAACGAGGCAUCCAAGAAGCGGGAGAUUGUAGCAACCCCCGAUCAUAUGGCUGUCUACCACACUAAGAGCAGCCCGGUUUACAAGGUGCAGUUCACUAGCAGGAAUCUGUGUUUGGCUGGAGGAGCCUUCAAUGGUUAG